AAAUGAAACACGUGAAAUUGGUGACAUUGCUCUCUAUAAAUAAGGGAACUCUAAAGACUGAAAACUCAACAACACUACUUUCCAAUCAGUAUAAUAGCAUUCAUAUACCUCUUUUGUCGUCCUACUUGAAUUGCUAAGAAGAGGAAACAAUGACUUCGACCAUGACUAUGGAUGCAUGGUUAGCAGAAUUGGAAAUUGAUAUGGAUCCAGUUGAUAGUUUAAUCGACCCUUACCAUCAAAGUGUAAUGGAUAUGGAAUCAACAUUUGACGAACAACUUGCUGCUGCAUUUUUCGACACGGCCUCUCCUCAGGUAGAUAUUGAGUGCAAUGUCAUUGAACAAUAUAUAUCAACCCCUCCUAUUUCCGACAUCAGUGAAAACCACGACGAUAACAAUAACAAUAACAAUAAUAAUGAGAGCGAGAACAUUGUAAGCUCCGAUGUUCAAGAGAGCCAACCUUCUAAAACUAAGCAAAAGACGAAGAAGCAAGCAGUGAGUACGAGUCAUGCCCCAAAGAGGAAACGACAGCCGAGCCAAGUGCAAGAUCACAUUAUCGCCGAGAGGAAGCGCCGGGAAUUACUUAGCCAGAUGUUCAUUUCGCUCUCCGCCAUCCUUCCUGGCCUAAAGAAGAUCGAUAAAACAUCGGUGUUAGGAGAGGCAAUAAGACACAUGAAAGAACUUCAAGAGAAAGUAAAGGUACUCGAAAGUGAGGUCGCAAAGAGGAUUGUGGAGUCCGUGGUACUUGUCAAUGGCACUGCAGAUGAUAAUGUUUCUUCCUCGUCAACUAUGGACGACUAUUGUGGAAACGGUAGUAGUAGUAGUAGUAGCGAUGGUGAUGGAAGUAAUAAUAAUAAUAGUAGUGACUCAUUCUCGGAAAUUGAAGUAAAAGUAUUGGGUAAGACAGUUCUCCUAAGAGUCUAUUGUGAAAAACGAAAGGAGAUAUUGGCCAAGUUAUUUGCCGAGGUAGACAAGCAUCAUUUGGUCAUUACUAAUUUUAGUGUCAUACCAUUUGAGAACGUUGCCCUAACUGUUACCAUUGUUGCUCAGAUGGAAAAAGGAUUCAACAAGAAUGUAAGAGAUUUUGCUACAACUCUUCGCAAUGCCCUUCAUUAAGUUAGGCUAGAACCGAGGACGGUCUAUAAAUACCGAACGAAAAUGAGUAUAAUUAUUCUAGCUCAUUGUUUAGUUAAUUAGCUAGAACUUGUUUUCGGAUCUUUAAUUUAGAUAAAUCUAGGAAAUAUUCGUAGUUUAUUUAUCAAUCUGAACUUUACUAAAUAACUUUUUAUUUUUUUGGAAAUAAAAUAACAGAGUAAUUAGUAAGACACAAAUUUUUGUAUGUGGCUGGCCACACGGUGUGGCCAGUCACAAUUUUUAUUUU